CUUAUGCUUACUGACCUCCCCCAAGGACUACUUGUACGUAUCUCGACCAACACAGUCGGCCGCCUGAUCCCUAGAGCAGAUACACUAGAUACCAUUCGCCUACGGCCGUACCCAUCGACCUCGGGCGCCUCCCCUCUUCUUGUUCUAGAUAGCGCCAUCCUCUUUCCAUACCUAGCAAGCUCGACACCAUCAUUGGCAACAGUGGAUGGAAGCGGACGAGACGCAGACCACAGGCUUUGCCGCUCAUGCUCCGGUCUCCUGUCCGUUCAUCAUGACACAUCCGCCUUAUGCCGAUACGCUUGCGGGUGCGGGUGCGGAUGCGGUUGUAGUUACGGGUGCGGUUGCGGGUGUGGCAGGUGUCCAAUCAUGGCAUCACACCUUGGCUCCAACUUUGGCUCGCUUGGCUCGUCUCUCACUACGACAUUUACCAUGGCCCUGGAAAGCGUGGUCAUUCUACCUUAGUCCACCCAAUCUCGCGCGACACACGCAAGCCCGCCUUGCCUGCCCUCUCACAGACGGCCUCUCGCUUGUUACCGUUUUACCACUUCAUCUUUGGUGCAACUUUGCCCACUUGUGCCCUGGCACUAUCUUACCAUCCGCAAUCCACCUGCUUCGUCCUUGUCACCAAUGUCCUGUCCGCCCGGCCGUGUCUUUGAUAUGCAAGUCAUUCCGCCAGGGUGGGAAGGGGGCAGACAAUCGGUACCUUGCCUUCAUUGCUUUGCCUCGAGGCCCGCAUGUUGCAGAUUCGCUUCCGAGAACUAAGAACCUCGAGAUCCUGAUUUGCGUGAUGCGAGACAUUUUGCCUCGGACCCACCUCGUGGCCGUAGCGGAAGGCCCAGGACCAUGGAUCCAGGCCAUCAUGAUGAACACUCCUUUCUAUUUUCGACCGUAUCAGUUCAAGGCAGCAUUCUCUCUCAUAUGCUUCCAUGACAGGCAGCAUGGUACGCAUGAUAUGGUCCGUACUCCAUAGUCACAGCAACCGGGGCAACGCUGCAGGAGCACUCGAGUUAAUUAGCUAAGGCAUUCGCGACAUAGCCGUUGCUUGAGAGCCUAAACACGAAUUAGCGCUCCCCAGGGCCUAACAGCUAAGCCCCUCAAACAUGCUCCCCAAGGCGCAUUCCUAGGGCAUGCUUUUACCAUGUCUCGGGUCGCGUUAUUCAAGAUAGUGUUCACCAGAAACGAUGCCGAACAGGUUUAAAAGAAGCGAUUGCGACCCCGUUGCUGUCGACCGCCUACCCGACCGUAUGCCAACGUGCGGGAGCGCGUUGCAGUGCCGGACGCUGUGUUUGUUGAGA